AUGCAUUUCGCCUCUAAGAUAUUCAGCAUGUCUCAACAAUCCAACUCAUCUUCCUCCAAGAACGUGUCUGAUUCCUCUAGCUCUGAACCAUGCAACCCUAACAGAGAAGACCUAAAGAAACUGUAUCAGGCUUCUCCUCAGCAAUCUCUCUUGAGGAAUGAACCAGAGAAGGUUCCAGAAAACAUUGAGUCUUUAGGAAAGAAUAUCUCUGAUGAUGUUGAGCAAACUGAUGCUCAUAAGGAGUCAAAUGCUGAUAAACCCUUAGAUAAUGUGGCUGGUGAGGAAGCUCAUGUCACUCAUGAUGUCAGCUACAACACUAACUAUGAGGCUGAAACAGUAGACCUGGAGGAAUUUUCUGAUAAUGAGUUGUUGUCCUCAGUCGUCCCUAGCAUAGCUAAAAGGGUGGCAGUCGAGGGUUCCUUCAAGAGGAAAGUUCAUGGUCCAACAAAAUCUUGGAGCAAAGGGGUGCCCAAGAAAAAGAAGACCAAGUCUGUUAUUGUUGAGUCUGACUCAGAUGUUCCAUGUUAUGUCCCUGACACUCUGUCAAAGAAGAAGCCAACCACUAGCAAGCUUGCAGCUAGUGUUCCUGAGGUACCAAUUGACAACAUAUCUUUUCAUUUUGCUUCAAGUGUAAACAGGUGGAAAUAUGUAUAUCAGAAGAGGCUGGCGUUGGAAAGGGAAUUAGCUCAGAAUGUCCUGGAAUGUAAGGAUAUUAUGGACCUUAUUCAAGAGGCUGGUUUAAUGAAAACUGUGACUCAGUUCUCAAAGUGCUAUGAGAUGUUGGUAAAGGAAUUUUUUGUCAAUGUGUCUGAAGAAUGUGCUGAUGGGAAGUCUAAGGAAUUCAGGAAAGUGUAUGUGUGA